AUGAGCAGCGAGGGCAGCGAUGAAGAUGCGAUGUACAGGUCGCAUAGGCGCAAAGAGAAGGUCAUAGAGCUGAUAGAGGUUGACGGCAAGAAGGUCAGCAAGACUUCAACUGGCAAGCGGAAGUUUCACAAGAAAUCUAAGAAUGGCUGCGACAACUGCAAGCGUCGUCGCGUUAAAUGUGAUGAGGACAAACCCUCAUGUCAAAAAUGUAUCAAUAUGAAGCUGGAGUGUGUGUAUACACCAGUGGCCUCGCGCAAGCGGAAGUCUAGCAGUAGCGCGCAUCCGCCCCAGCAGGCAGUCGCUCCCAAGCACGAGGGCUCACCUUCUCUUGUCGGAACCCCGGGCCCUGGUGGCAGCGGCGUUCUGCAAUCGAAGGCUUCAACUUUCGCGCCCACGAGUCGUAAACCCAGCAUCGCAGUCGGGGACAUUCAAAAGCAUUCUCAGCAUCCAACGCCUACAAGCGGUCCAUUAGGCUCUCAAGACAACGUACUGCUGCCGCCGUUGUUUCCUGGCGCAAACAUGCAGCUUCAGCAGCAAAUACAACAACAGCCACAGCUCCUGCCCCAGCUCAUGACUUUGAGCAAUUCUGAAAAAUUCGCUGGCUUCGACUUUCCAAAUAGUCCUCCAUUUCAGUCAACUUCUAUGAGUCUCACCAAUAGCAUAGGCAGCAUUUUCGCUGCCAACAAACUCCCAUCAAACGUUCUGAACAAUGUCAUCAAUCAGCAACAGCAACAGCAGCAGCAGCAGCAGCAGCAGCAGCAGCAUUCUCGGCAAUCUCAGCAAGUUCAACCUCAUCUCCAGCAACAGCAUCAACCUCAUCUCCAGCAACAGCAUCAACAACAUCAGGCAUCUCCGCUGUCAUCACUUUUACAUUCGCACGAAAUGGCACAAACCCUCAGCAAAGCGGGAAUUAACCUGAAGCAAAUGGCCAUGUUCUCGACGGCAGGUAUUGGCGGUGUUACAUACGAUAUCCAGGAAGUUCUGGGCAUGAAGCCGCAAGGAAAUGGCGAUCCGCACAAUAAAGACGGAGCAACGACUGCGGAAGAGGUUUUGGCCACGCUGCAAAAGCAGCAGCAACAAAUGCGCAACUCGCAUCAUGAAAAAGAAGAACAGAAACUCUCAGAUGGGCAAACACAGAAUGGGGAUACUUCUGGGGCAAACUUAGACCCCAAUACCGCUGCAAACCUGGCUAACAAUCCAACCAUCUCUCCGGGCGCCCCAAUGUCACCAAUGGCAAAAUCUGCGACCGCGCCGAUGGACACCGAUGACCAUACUGAGUUUUACACUACGAAGGAUACAUCCGGCGGCACUGCCGGCCUGUCGAGCAAAAUGAUGGACAAAUCCAACACACAAGACUCCACUUCUACUAUUGAGUCUCAACCGGGCACAAUCGCCAGAUUGGUCCAGCUAUCUAACCAGGGCACGUUGAACUUGAUUGAUCUAAAGCUUUUCCACCAUUAUUGCACUGAAGUGUGGCCGACAAUCACUUCCGCUGGUAUAUCCGGCGAGCGCAUCUGGAGCGACGAGAUUCCUCAACUUGCAUUUGACUAUCCUUUUCUCAUGCAUGCACUUCUUGCAUUCAGCGCCACACACCUUGCCCGCAAAGAGCCAGGUUUAGAGCAGUACGUGGCUUCCCACCGCCUUGAUGCGUUACGGCUUUUGCGCAAGGCUGUUCUGGAGAUUUCUGAGGACAAUACUGACGCGCUCGUUGCUAGUGCACUGAUUUUGAUUAUGGAUUCUCUAGCAAACGCUUCGUCAUCGAGUUCCGCCGUCUCAGAGUCGCUGGCGGCCUCGUCCAUGUCUCCUUCGGCGUGGAUAUUCCAUGUCAAGGGUGCUGCUACGAUUCUGACUGCUGUAUGGCCGCUCACAGAAAAGUCGCGGUUUCACAACCUCAUAUCGGUAGAUCUCAGCGACCUGGGCGACAUUAUAAACCAAGACAGUGGUACUGUAUCGGAGCUGGUGUGCUUCGACGAGAGCAUCGCGGACUUAUACCCGGUCGAGAUCGACUCACCAUACUUGAUCACACUUGCGUAUCUCGACAAGCUCCAUCGUGAAAAGAACCAGUCAGACUUCAUCCUGCGCGUUUUUGCAUUCCCGGCGUUAUUGGACAAGACGUUUCUGGCGCUCUUGAUGACAGGCGACCUCGGCGCGAUGCGGAUCAUGAGAUGCUAUUACCAAUUACUAAGAGGCUUCGCGACCGAAGUCAAGGACAAGGUGUGGUUCUUAGAAGGAAUAACUCAGGUUCUCCCUCAAGAUGUUGACGACUACAGCGGUGGUGGCAUGCACAUGAUGCUGGACUUCCUUGGCGGCGGUCUACCAUCUAUGACAACAACCAACCUUCAACCAGGACUUUCUGAUUUCAUGUAG